AUGAAUCACUCAGACAACCUUGACGGCGAGAAGACUGGCGGUACCUCGGCGCGGUCACUCCCCAUCGAUAACGCCGAGUACGAUGCGGUCGUCCCGCUUGACCCGAAGGUCGAGAAGAAGUUGCUCCGUCGGAUCGACGGAUUCACCAUCUCCAUUCUUGGCGCGCUCUAUCUCAUGUCUUUUCUGGACCGAGGAAACAUUGGAGCAGCCAACGUCGCAACUCCGUCCAUCUCGCAGGCAACAGGACUAAGUCCCGAGCAAUAUGGCGCUGUCGUUAGUGUAGUCUACGCGACGUACGUGGUGUGUGAGCCAAUCUGGGCCAACCUGCUCAAGAUCCUUUCUCCCAAGAUUGUUUUGAGCGGAACGACCCUUGUAUGGGGCGGUCUCACUCUUGGAACCGCAUGGGCCAAAAACUACCAACACCUCAUGGCAAUUCGAGUGCUCUUGGGUGUCUUUGAAGCUGGCGUCUUCCCCUGCAUCACAGUAUACGUCCUCAUGAACUAUCGACGCGAGGAGGCUGGCCGUCGCAUGUCCUACAUCUUUUCGUGUGCUGCUUUUGCCGGGGCGGUCGGAGGUCUGAUUGGAUUCGGUCUGGUGCGAAUCGAGACUGGUGACACGGUCGGCUGGCAGUAUCUUUACAUCGUCGAAGGCUGCUUGUCCCUCAUCCUCGCGCCCAUUGCCUACUUUUGGGUCCCGAACCGCAUGGAUAAGGCCUGGUUCCUCAACGCCAAGCAAAGAGAGCAAGCCAUGGUCCGAUACCAAGUCAACAAGGCCGACUACAAUGAGGAGGAGCAGUUUGCUUGGGCCGAAGUCAAGAAGGCGCUUCUCGCGUGGCCGGUGUAUGCUGCCGGUACCAUCCAGUUUUGCGCAGACAUCACUCUCUACGGUAUCUCGACAUUCAUGCCUCAGAUCAUCCGAGCCAUGGGGUUCAGCAAUGUCAACGCUCAGCUAUUGACCGUACCUGUCUAUGUCUGGGGCGCGUCAGUCUUCAUGUUCGUUGCGUGGUUCAGCGACAAGUACCGCAUGCGCAGUCCAUUCAUCGUUCUCGGCUUGUCCCUCAACUUGCUCGGCUACAUCCUGCUUGCGACCAUCGAGUCUGUUGCUGGGCGAUACACCGCGCUCUAUGUCAUCUCGGCCGGGAUCUACAUCACACCCGGGCUCAACGUCACGUGGAUAGGCGGUAACACCAGGGGUCACUUCAAGCGUUCGACAGCUGUGGGUCUCAACCAGCUCAUCGGUAACUCAGCUGGUGCCGCUAUCGGAACGAUCUACCUAUCAACGCUUGCCCCGCGCUACCUGCAGUCGAUGUACAUCUCCAUGGGCCUCACCGCAGUGGGCAUCGUCACCGCUGUCGUCUUGGGCCUUCACUUUAAGCGUCAAAACGGGAUCAAGCGACAGCUCGUGGCCGAGGGGGCUCCGGACCAGCCUGAGCUUGGUGACCACAAUCCCCAUUUCCAAUACAUGAUCUGA